UGAACUUGAGUUUCUCCUUGCCUCAGCCUCCAGAAUGGCUGGGAUUACAAGCCUGCUUCACGGCGCUUGCCUUGCCUUCCACAUAACUCAAGAGUUCUGACUGACCUCUGUUGCCUGUGCAAUGUUAAGUGGCCCUUAAGUAUGUAAGGACAAACACCUGCUCCACGCUGGGCCUGCCUGGGGAGAACCUAAAAGCCGGGAAGCCAGCCCUCCCGGAGGCGCUGGGCCGGGUGCAGAGGCCAGGAAAAACAGGCUCAGCUGCGGCCGCGGCUCGUCCCCUUAGGCCAGCCGUAGCGGGGUCCGGAGGCUCGGAGAGCACUUUAUUUGUCCGCAGCCCACGACGCGAUCCCGGCUGAGAACAGGAACAGCCACAGGCCUCUGAGGGUCGGGUCUCGCGGCGCCAUCCGACGCCGUCAUGGAGCAGGGACCGCGCGGCGGCGGCUCCAGGCCCGCAGAGCCGGGGCCUUGCCUGAGCAGUCAGUGCGGCGCGGACCAGGCGGCCUCGGUCUCCUUGCUGAGUGCUGGCGGGGCUGAGCCGGGGAGCCGCACGCUUGCCGUGGCCGCCGUGUUGCCGGCGGGGGGGUGCGGAGAGAGGAUGGGCGUCCCCACCCCGAAGCAGUUCUGCCCAGUCCUGGAGAGGCCGCUCAUCAGCUACACCCUGCAGGCCAUGGAGAGAGCAUGUUGGAUAAAGGACAUUAUUGUGGUGGUAACUGGAGAGAACAUGGAAGCAAUGGAAAAUAUCAUUAAGAAGUAUAAGCAUAAACGCAUCUCACUAGUUGAAGCUGGAGUGACUCGCCACAGGUCGAUUUUCAAUGGACUAAAAGCAUUGGCAGACAAUCAGCCCAACUCCAGACUUUCUAAGCCAGAAGUUGUGAUUAUCCAUGAUGCCGUGAGACCAUUUUUUGAGGAAGAUAUCCUCCUCAAAGUUGUCACAGCUGCUAAGGAACAUGGGGCAGCAGGAGCAGUUAGACCUCUCGUAUCUACUGUCAUCAGUCCCUCUGCUGAUGGUUGCUUAGACCACUCGCUAGAACGUGCCAGACACAGAGCAAGUGAAAUGCCACAGGCUUUUCUGUUUGAUGUGAUUUAUGAAGCAUAUCAGCAGUGUAGUGACUAUGACUUGGAAUUCGGAACCGAAUGUUUACAGUUGGCUCUAAAAUACUGCCACAUUAAAGCCAAACUUGUAGAAGGAUCACCUGACCUCUGGAAGGUGACCUACAAACGAGAUCUGUAUGCGGCUGAAUCGAUUAUUAAGGAGAGAAUAUCACAAGAAAUUUGUAUAGUUAUGGACACAAAAGAAAAUAAAGAACACAUAAGUCAUCUUCUUGAAGAAGUGCUAAAAACUGAAUUAAAUCAUAUACAUGUCAGAUCUCAGGCUUUGUAUAAUGCUGGCAGUGAUAUUCAACAUAUCAUCUUGGAGCAAUGCUACAAUUUUGUUUGUGUGAAUGUUAAGGAACCUGAUUUCCAAGAGACCCAGAAGUUAAUGAGUAUGCUUGAAGAGAGCAACUUUUCCAUUUUAUAUUCCAUUGUUGUAGUUUCAGUACAUUUUCUUGAUUUUAAAUUUGCGUCUCCCAGUCAGAAAAUGGAAAGCCUAAUGUGCAUUAGGGAAUUUGCAAAGAAAAUGAAAAAAAGAAAAGUUUUAUUAUAUGGUCUUAUCAUAAAUUACUCACAGGAUGAGCAGAAGCUACAGGAGAGUUUAAGGCAAGGUGCCAUCAUUAUUGCUGCCUUAAUUAAAGAAAGAAAUUCUGCACUCAUUGGCCAGCUACUGGUAGCAUGAAGAUGACAGGAUAUUAUGCAUCCAAAAUUAUUUGCUUAAUUUGUUUAAGUAUCUGUGUUGUGUUUUAUCCCCUUCCCUUCUCUCCCUUAUGUGAUAGAAUAUUUUCUAUAUCUUGUGAUUUAUAGUAUGUGAUGCUUUGAUUAUAAAAGUGGAUAAGUGUUGCUCUCUGUGAACUUGUACGUGUCAAAUAUAAAUUGCCUGAACCAGGAAAGAGUACAUGGUAGAAAAUAACAAAGGCUGAAAGGUCAAUUUGAAAUAAUGAACCUUCUAGGAAUGAGAAUUUAGAAAGCUUCAGUGAUUAUCUUAAUUCUGUUUAUUAAUCAUACUAUAUUGAAGCUGAUAAAUAAAUCUUUAGACCUCUCAAUUUAUUAAUAUUGUCUUUUCACCAUUUGAUAUUUUUCUUUUUUGUGUUAUAUUGAUAUUUUCCACACCUUCAGAACAAAGGUCAAGGCGUGUGUGACAGGAAAUAGAACUGUUUCAGUUUUCUUCACUAUUUGCCUUCUGUUCCUCUAUAUCUCUAAAGGAGAAGCAAUCUCCUCCUGCUUUUCUAUUAUUUUUAAAUUUUGUAUCCUCUUCGGUUUAUGAAAUGUAAUUUUGAUUUACAUUAUUUUAAUGAAUCUCUCAUUUCUCUGAAAAAUUACAUUUAAAUGUCUGGAAGGUUUCAUAGCAGUUCAGUGUUUUUAGUCAUUCCUGGUUGGCAGCCUUUUGUAAAGCACAUCAUAGAGUCAAAUUAGUUAUUCUUUAAUUCAGAUACUGCCUCCUUGUUAAACCAAUUUCUUAUUUCUAAUUUCCAUUGACAUAUAGGUCUUGAAUAUUAAUAUAUCUUCAUUUACACUGAACAAUUAUGUGCAUAUAAUCAUUAAAAUACCUUUUAUUUUAUACAUAUAUUUAUUUUUUAAAAAUAGAUCAGAUUAUACCAGUUCUUAGGUUGCAUGUGGAAAUUAUACAACUUGCAUGAAAUAUUUUCACCUAAAGAUAGACAAUAAGGUAAAAUAUCAUCAACUUUGUGAAAUUUCUUUUUUCCAUGUAUUCCUCAAGUAUCAGUAUAGUAACUGAAUUCAUAUUUUACAUUUAAAUAAUCAUGAGUAGAUUAUAAUGGGCAUGGAAUAAUUAUUGUAAUUCAUUCUACUAAAUGAAAAGGAUUGUUUGAAUGUAGGUUGGAUCUAUAUGCCUGGUCUCACCACUUUUCCUUUCUUUAGGGAUAUUAGGAGACACAAAUCAGUUAACUCACACUGUUGAGAGUGAAGUAUGUGGGCAAUGUGUAGGUUUGGCUAGAACAUCUGUGUCCCUUUGGGGGUGAUAACUGUGAUGAGAGGAGCAGCAGCAGCAAGGGCCACACCCUGUGCCUGUUGAAGUCUUCGGAGAACAUGUUUUAAGACCUUGAAAAUACUGAGAAAGGCAGAAGGGGAAGCAUUAGCUGUGUCUGCAGUACAGCAUAGUCACUUUACUGUCCAAGGUGCUAGCUCUGGCAACAUAGAUCUCAACAAGGGACUAUGAUAUCAGGCAAUGUUGUGAUCCACAACAUUGAAAAUUAAAAAAAGCAAGACCCACCCACCCCCAUUCUCACCCUCCUCUGCUUUCACUGGUCAGAUGAGAAAGUUGGGGUUCAGGCAUCUUAAUUACCUUCCCCAGUCUCAUGAGGCUCCAUUGUAAAGGAGGCAGAGCUUAAACUCGGAAUGACAUACGUUUUAACUUACAUCCAAGCAUAACAAUGACUCCUGGCAAAGACUUCCAAAAGAGAGGUUGUGACAUGUUCAUCAGAAAGUCAGAAGCUUGGAGUGAGCAUCUAGGAAUAGACAAGACUGGGAGACUCCUCUGUCCAAUAACCAGAUGGAAGUCCUGGGGCUUCUGGCUUCCAAGCCACCUUUCCAGCAUAUGGUAGGCAGGAGUUAAGGGAUAGAGAGACUUAUUGGAUAAUAUGUAAAGAUAAAUUAUUUUAUUGAUUGUUAAGAGAUAAAGAAGUAACAUCGCAGUUAUGUUUUUAUCAAUGCUUUAUAAAUUUACUUACUUUAAUUAAAACCUGUCCAGUUUCUAUUUUCUAAGACUGCUUAAAAAAAGAAUAGUAGUUAUGCCUUAGGAUUGCUUUAAUUGCUUCUAGUUGUGGGAAGUUUUGUGGAAAGACUUUUAUAUGUAAAUGUAUGCUACUUAGUUAAAUGAAAUUUAUUAAUUCAAGCCAGAACAAUACCAUCUUGUAUUGGUAAGAGGUAGUAGGUCCCUCCCCAUUAAUGUGUUCAAUUUAGAGAUAAUGCAAGUAUACCCAUCUACAGGUAAAAGUCAGGCUUCUAUAUCCCGUCAGAGCCAUUGUUUUAAGCAUUUUUGCAUUGGUUUAACAGUAAAAUUCUUUUUUGAUUCUACUGUAUUGUCACUGUGAAAUUUUACUUCACAUACAUAAGUAUAGCAAUCAUUUUGUGAAAAUAAACUUGCAGACCAUCUUCUAUUAAAAAUGUGUAAAUUUCAUUCUGUUCUAAUGUUGAAACUAAUUGUGGAUUUAUGGAAGGAUAAAUGAUAACAUUUUAACUGAACCAUUAGAACCCAUUUGGAAGAAAGACUGAAGUCAUUUUAAAAGUUCAUUUUGGAAAUAAGUAGUAUAAAUGAAAAAAAUAAUUUUACUUUGCUAGCAUGACUUUAGAAGUGGCUAUGUAUCUGGUGGUUAGCGUUGUGCCAUUUUGUAUACAUUCUUAUACAUGUUAGUUUAAAAACUGAAAAAUGUAUCCAUAUUUUUAAUAUGAAAAGUAAAAAAAAAAACUAAUAAAGAUUCUAAAUAUUUUCUCUCUCCAAAACAAACAACACAGAAAUAAUUCACACAUUAUUUAUAUUUUUAAAUCUAAUGACAUUUUGUUCAUUUUUAAUGUGUACAUAUGUUUUCAAAUUUAGUCACAACAAAUAUUAUGCUCUCAAAAAUACAAUAGUGUUUGGAAAGCUAGAAUUUGGAGUCCCGAUCUACUGUUCUGUUAAAAAAUAUUGUAAAAAUUGUAAAAUAAUAAAAAAUUAUAAACCUGAA